GCCUCAGACAGAAGCGUCACUCCGCAGGCCGUUCCAAUCCAAUCCAUCCGGUUCCGGCUGGGUUAGAUCGACUGCUGCCAUGAAGAAGGUUGUGCUGAAGCUGGACUUGCACGACAACAAGCAGAAGCAGAAGGCCAUCAAGGCCGUCUCCACCCUCCACGGUAUCGACGAGAUCACCGUGGAUAUGAAGGUGCAGAAGAUGACGGUGGUGGGCACCGUUGACCCGGUGGACGUCGUGGACAAGCUGCGCAGCAAGCUCUUCCCCACGGCGCAGAUCUUCUCCGUCGGCCCCGCCAAGGAGGAGAAGAAGGACGGCGAGAAGAAGGACGAGGACAAGAACGUGGUGUACCCGCCGUACUGGUUCCCGCCGCCGCCGUACUACUUCGCCCACCAGGACGACCCCAAUUCCUGCACCAUUCUCUGAUCGACGCGCGCCGCCGACGAGGAGGGGGAGAUUCCACUGUACAUAUUGUGCAUAGUUUAGCUGGACUGCCUGCCGAUCGACCGGGACUCAUCAGCGUAUGGGUGAUCGACGGCGUGUAUCGUGUG